GCGAAAUUAAACCGAUUUCGACGGCGUCGUUUACUUUUGCGAUUUCAGAAUAUGAAGAAAUCCAAGCCACUGCUGCACGACCAUCAGAUUACAAUUCGAGUGAAAAAGUAUCUCGAGGAGCACAUUAACGAGACCUAUCUGGAUGUGAAACUGAUGACCAAGGAGUUGAUGAACAAAUACCCAGAGUAUUCGCGUCGCAAGUUCGGACCAUUCAGACAGCUAGUGCAUCAAGCAUUUACCAUUAUCUCAGACAGCUAUAAUUUGGACAAGGUUAGCAGCUCGGAGGAAGAUUGCCCCAGCGAAGAUUCUGAGCCGCCCCUCAACAGUGUGAUGAACAACAUGAUGAACAGCCUGUACAGCCAGCCGCGGAAGCCGCUGGCCGCCAAGCAGAUCACCGAGCCCAUUGAUAUAUCCAGUGGCGAUGAAAUCGAUGAUGAUUCGCCCUCCACUACCGCAAAUGGCGACGCAUCCCAGGCCCCGCCGCCGCCAGUAAUCAGCAGCAAUUCACUGAAACGCCUGAUGGGAGAUAUGCCGGAAACUAAUCUUGUGGCGCCCAAAAAAGCAGUUAAGCCGAAUAUCAAUAUCAAUCAAGGACCGGGCCAAGAUUCAACACAGAAAUUCCAAUCAGGUACAGGCAAGAACCACCACUCUGAUGGCAGCUGUUCACGCAAAGAUCAGCGUAAUUCAUCGCUGCUCUACCAGCAGCUGCGCCAGCAAAAUCAGUCGCCAUCGGAUCGCAAUUCGGGACGCUCGCGAAAAAACAGAAAGGACCUGGAGCUGCAGCAUAUAACUGAAAGUUUCCGUGACAUUGGCGGCAUGGAUGGCACCCUGAAGGAGCUCUGCGAGAUGCUCAUACACAUCAAGUCGCCGGAAUUCUAUUUCCAGCUGGGUCUGCUGCCCUCCAGGGGUCUGCUGUUGCACGGUCCGCCGGGAUGUGGCAAAACCUAUCUGGCUCGUGCCAUUAGUGGGCAAUUGAAAAUGCCUCUGCUGGAAGUGCCGGCCACAGAGCUGAUUGGUGGCAUCUCUGGGGAGUCUGAGGAGCGCAUACGCGACGUUUUUGAGCAGGCCAUGGACUCGUCGCCCUGUGUGCUCUUCAUCGAUGAGAUUGACGCGAUCGGUGGCAAUCGCCAGUGGGCCGCCAAGGACAUGGAGCGUCGCAUUGUCUCGCAGUUGAUUAGCAGCCUGGAUAACUUGAAGGCCACCGAAUUCGGCCAGUCAGUGGUCGUCAUUGCGGCCACCACGCGCCCCGAUGUCCUUGAUCCCGGCCUACGUCGCAUUGGUCGUUUUGAUCAUGAAAUCCCCAUACACAUACCAUCGCGCAAGGAGCGACGGGAGAUCAUGCGCAUACAAUGCGAAGGUCUGUCCGUUGACCCGAAGCUCAACUACGACAAGAUUGCCGAGCUGACGCCCGGCUACGUGGGCGCCGAUCUGAUGGCACUGGUCUGCCGUGCCGCCGCCAUUGCCGUCAAGCGCAGGUCCAUGAAGAAGUUCCGUGAGCUGCACGCGGCCAGCGAGAUGAACAUGACCACGGUCACGCUGGACGAUGAUGAGCCCAACGAUGAGUCUGUUGCCGGCGCCAAGGCCGAUGCAAAGGCAGAAGAGGCCAAGGACGAUGCCGCCAAGGCGGAAGUGGAGAAGGCAGACGGUGACAAGGAGGAGAAAGACAAUACAGACGGCGACAUGGAGGAGAAAGACAAGCCGGACGAGGCGAAGGAGAAGGCCGAUGCACCCGAUAGCGACAGUGUGGAGAAAGGUGCCGAAGGAACUACCAAUGGACAGACGCCGGACAAACCAUCGGACGCUGCCAUGGAGGUGGAUGAAGAGACGCCAGUGACAGAAGUGACACAGGAGAAGGAGCAGGAGAUUCCCGCGAAUGAUUACUACGAGCCCACACUGGCCGAGCUAACCAACUUUCUGGACAAUCCGCCAGAAGAGUUCUCCGAUCCCAAUUUCUGUCUCACUUUACUUGACUUCACGGACGCCAUUAAGGUGAUGCAGCCAUCGGCGAAGCGUGAAGGCUUUAUCACUGUCCCAGACACCACCUGGGAGGAUAUUGGGGCGCUGCAGGACAUUCGCGAUGAGCUUAAACUGGCGGUCCUGGCUCCGGUCAAGUAUCCAGAGAAACUGGAGCGCCUUGGCCUGACUGCACCUUCGGGCGUGCUGCUCUGCGGUCCACCUGGCUGUGGCAAGACUCUGCUGGCCAAGGCCAUAGCCAACGAGGCGGGCAUCAACUUUAUUUCGGUGAAGGGCCCCGAGCUGAUGAACAUGUAUGUUGGCGAGAGUGAGCGUGCUGUACGCGCCUGCUUCCAGCGCGCCCGCAACUCGGCGCCCUGUGUCAUAUUUUUCGAUGAGUUCGACUCGCUGUGCCCCAAGCGAUCCGAGGGCGGCGAUGGCAACAACUCGGGCACGCGCAUUGUCAACCAGCUGCUCACCGAAAUGGAUGGCGUGGAGGAGCGCAAGGGCGUCUACAUUCUGGCGGCAACCAACAGACCAGACAUUAUUGAUCCCGCCAUUCUGCGUCCAGGCCGCCUGGACACCAUUCUGUAUGUGGGCUUGCCCGAGCAGAAUGAGCGCGCCGAGAUCCUCAAGGCAACCACCAAGAAUGGAACGCGUCCUGUUAUGGCCGACGAUGUGGAUCUGGAUGAGGUGGCUGCGCAGACCGAGGGCUAUACCGGUGCCGAUUUGGCAGGCUUGGUCAAGCAGGCCUCCAUGUAUGCCUUGCGCCAGUCCCUGGCAGAGGACGACACCAAUCUGGAUGGCUUGUGUGUGCGUCGUCAGCACUUCAGGGAUGCCCUGCUGCAGCUACGUCCCUCAGUCAGUGAGCAGGAUCGCAAAGUGUACGACAAGCUGCGCCAGAAAUAUGCCGCACCGCGGGUGCCCACAUUCGAUGCUAAGUAAAUCUCAACAAGAAUAUAUUUGUUGCUUUAGUCGUUAAAUACAAAACAACAUCCCGCCCCCACCAUACCCCCAAAAAACAAAAACCCAAUCAACAUUAAGAUAAACGUGAAGAAUUCCUGUAAAGAAACGAAUAUGUUACGACCCCUCCCCAACCAUUCAAUCCAUUGAUUAUCCAGACAAAAACGAACUAAAAGCCUAA